CGUUCCGUUGCACCAGUUGAGACGGAGGGAGGGCUUCCGUGUGCUGGAAAGGGAAAGGCAUCGACGAUCGAGAGCAUCGAGACUAGCGAUGCACAUUGACGGUCGGGACGAGGAAGACUUCAUCAUGGAAGGUUGCAAUUGUCCCGACUUACUAUGGAGCAAGAAUGGAAGGGAGAGAGCAAGUUGAUGUGCAAGCAAAUGACAAACAUUGAAGAAGGCUGACCAAUCCUUUCUCGGAACAACGUUCUUCCCAUUCCGGCGGGGCAAUAAAGCUCUGGAUGUCUGACUCAAAGCUCAAGCUCAGCAACAACAUCCACGAUGUUCACCGGCAUAGUAGAAACAAUAGGAGUGGUCUCCGAACUCAACCACCAAUCCGAAGAUGGUGGCACCACCCUCACCAUCUCGAACGCUUCCUCUAUUCUCUCAGACUGCACACUCGGCGACAGCAUCAGCAUAAAUGGCACCUGCCUCACCGUAACCUGGUUCGACAAGACCUCCUUCAAAGUCGGCGUCGCGCCCGAAACCCUCCGCCGCACAAACCUCGGUUCCCUAAAGAAACACAGCAAUGUCAACCUGGAACGAGCUGUGUCGGCUAGUACACGCAUGGGUGGGCAUUUUGUGCAAGGACACGUCGAUACGGUCGCCAUGAUACUGAAGAUUGAGCCGGAUGGAAAUGCGUUGACGUUUCGGUUCAGGCCGAAGGAUAGGGCGGUGUUGAGGUAUAUUGUGGAGAAGGGGUAUGUGACGUUGGAUGGGGCGAGUUUGACGAUUACGAAGGUUGAUGAUGCGGGGUGGUGGUGGGAGGUUAUGUUAAUUAGUUAUACGCAGGAGAAGGUUAUUAUUGCGAGCAAGAAGGUCGGGGAUGAGGUUAAUGUCGAGGUGGAUCAGAUUGGGAAGUAUGUGGAGAAGGCGGUUGAGGGGUAUUUUGCCAAGGGGAGUGGUGGCGAGCCAGCGAUUUUGGAGAAGAUGGUGGAUAGGAUGGUUGAAAGGAGGUUGCAGGCUACAAAGUGACGAAUAAAUGAUGCUACAUAAUCAACUAUGAAGUUGGAAGCUCAAGACAAAAUACAUAUGGUACGUAGCCAUAACUUUCUGGGAAUUUCAGGUCAGAUCAACGAUGUUUGCCUAGCGAUUCUGUCCUCCCAUGGUUUCAUUACUUGGUCGGAGACCUAUCAACAUUUUCCGUCCUAUUGACGUUCAGAUUGGCUUCGGCGUGGGCUUAGAUGCCUGUAUUCGCUUCAGCAGCUGGAAUGGUGGCUAUGUCGAUGUUGCUUUUGGAAAUCGUAUUAGUUACGCGAGAGAAGAGU